AAAAUUCCGUUUUCCGUGCGGAAAGCAUCAAAUUUCGGCACGCUGCGCUGUGCGCUAAACGAAGUUGUCGCUUUCCAGCUCCGUCGAACGGAAAAAUAGUAUACCUACAUACCUCGGGCAGUAAAUUAGAAAGUCUCAGAUAACAUUUCCUUGACACCUCGGCCAUUUCUUACAUUACUGCUAGUUCUAGGUAUGUAGGAAAUAUUGUACUAUUUAGUGGCAUAUAAAUUAAUGUGUUGGCAUCUUGGCAUACUUAAGCUGUAAUGUAAAUUUAAUGAAUAAAAUAAAAAUUAAAAAACUUUCGAAAUUUACAGACGAGCCACUUGCUGACAGGUGUGUUCCAAUUUGAAUGUAAGAACUUCGUUUCCUUCGCUUGUUUGACAAGAUGGCCUGGUGGAACAUGCUGGAUUCGUACGUGGCAAUAGCGGAAGUUAAAGCCAUGAGGCCCGUCAUGUGGCUCCUGCAGCUGGCGUUGGCAGGCAUGUCCUGGCUACCUCUUAGAUACUACAUCAUUAGCUACCCGCCGCACGCACAAGUUUUCAGUAAGUUUACCAUAGAACUCUCCUUGAUGAUCAACUACUUCACUAUUCAACUACUUUUUUUUUUGACUAUUUAAGUACUUUUGUGAACUAAUAUAUUCAGCAUCAUUCAAGCAUAGGUACUUCAAUUAAUAGCCUAUUUAUUAAUGAUUGAUCUGUUCAUGAUGUUAUGGUAUUUUUAUAAGCUUCAGUUUUACUUUGAGCGAGAUCCCAGUGAUAAAGCGAUAUUAAGAAGAUUAUUAUCAGGCUUAAGUUUAUUCAUGAACUAUAUUAAUUUACAUGUAGGGUGAAGUCAUCUUUAGCUACGUCACUGGCCCACCACUGGCCACACACACUGCACAAUUGUCUAAAUGAGUAUUGAAGGUAGAGGCAAGGAACAGAAUCUCCUUAGGCAGAACUGUUGCAAAAGUGUCCGGCUAUCAGCUAUAAAUAAUAGUUCCAAAUCUCUCCAGAGUAGCGCUAGAGUAACUAAGAUCCUAGGUGUUAUUGACGGAGUGAAGUGCGCUAUCUAUGAUUAGAUUUUUUUCUCUAGUAUUCUAGGUAUCCUAGCGCCACCUAUUUAUGGUUUUUUGUCGGACACUUUUUGGUAUAUGGAGAUUCUGUUCCUUGCCUCUACCUUCCAUAAUUGACUGAGAGUUUAAAUAAUUCACGAUUUAAUUGUAUGGAUUUUAAAGCCAAAUGUUCAUCAUUUGGGGGCCGGUCAUCUUUUGGUGCCACUACCCUAUACAUAUUACGCUCAGUGGUUUUAACAUUUCUGUAUCAUCUGUUAGAUGGCGAACAGUUCGACUUCAUCGUGGUAGGUGCCGGAUCAGCGGGCAGUGUGAUCGCAGUCCGGUUAGCCGAGGUGCUUGAGUGGAGGGUGCUGCUCAUCGAGGCGGGGGGCGAUCCGCCCCUUGACACUGAGCUUCCUAGCUUCACACCGUUCGUGGCUAACACAGAAUUUGACUGGAACUACUACACUGAAGACGACGGAUACUCCAGUCAGGCUCAUAGGACGAAAAACAUCCGCUUCACCCAAGGAAAAAUGCUCGGGGGUUCCAGUAGUGCCAACUACAUGUACUACGUGCGAGGGAAUUGGGAGGAUUACGAGAUGUGGAAAGCAUUGGGUGCUGUAGGGUGGGACUAUCUUAACGUUACAUACUAUUUUAAAAAGAGCGAAUCAAUGAAAAGUCCAGAGAUCCUAAGAGCGUCCCCAAAACUGCAUAGCUUAGAUGGCCCUAUGGGAGUCACAUGGAUUCCCUGGGACGGGUAUACUAAGAAAUUUCUCGAGGCAUUUGAGAAAUAUAACGUUCACCUUGAUACGAAUCAAUUCGAUCAGUUGGGAUAUUCAUUCCCUCAGUACACAAUGUGGGACAAAAUUCGACAAAGUUCUGCUAACGCUUUUCUCCGAAAUGCCAAACGUUCAAAGAAUUUAUACGUUCUCAAGAACUCCUUAUGCACUAAGGUACUUAUCGAUGUAAAUAAAACAGCGAUUGGCGUGGAGGUUAAAUUACCCAGUAAAGAAAUCUUCCACAUCUAUGCUACAAAGGAAACCAUUUUAUCUGCCGGUGCUAUUAACACCCCCAAAUUGUUGAUGUUAUCAGGAAUUGGUCCCAGAAGUCAUUUGACUGAAAAGGGUAUUCCUGUGUUGGUUGAUUUGCCAUUAGUAGGUCGUAACUUACAAGACCAUGCUGCAACAAUUGUAAUACUAACAGGCAAAAAAGGCAUUGAAUCUGCAUAUCAUAACUUUAAAUUGCUAGCCAAUCUUCACCGAUUUCCUACUCCUACUAUAAUGGGCUUCGAAACUCUAAAGAGAGAAGAAGAAGAGAGUACUGGGAUUCCAGACUAUCAAACUUUUGUAUUUCCGCUCCCAGCAGCAACACUAAUUUCGACUAUGAUUUGUUCCUACGUGAUAGAUCUCGAUGACAGUAUUUGUACAGCUGUGGCAGAGAUUGGUCAAACACAAGAAACUCUUUUUUCGUUGAUAACAUUGCUGCAUCCACGGUCCAGGGGACGCGUAGAGCUGAGGAGUAACAAUCCUGAAGUGACUCCAAAAAUAUUUACAGGAUACUAUUCCAACGAUCAAGAUUUAGAAAUACAUGCAAAAAGUGUGAUGGAUUACAUCGGUAUCACUGAAGGCAAAUAUUUAAAGAGUCUCAAUUCUACGGUUGUUAACCUGAGAGUUCCUCAAUGUCAGAAUAUAGAAUUCAACACUUUUGAGUACUGGAAAUGUCAUAUUUUGAAUACAGCUACGACCGUUUGGCAUCCAGUCGGUACUUGUGCGAUGGGUGAUGAGGGCCACAGCGUAGUAGAUGCUGAGUUGAGGGUGCGAGGUGUUCAUAGGCUAAGAAUAGGUGACGCUAGCGUUAUGCCGACCAUCACUAGUGGUAACACUAAUGCGCCUUGUAUUAUGAUCGGAGAAAAAUUGGCAGAUAUGAUCAAAGCGAACCAUUACAAGUAUCAAAUUUAUUAAAUUAAAGGAUGACUCACGCUAGAACUGCCCGGGUCCGGGCCGAGGUAACCGACAUCGACAAGUCAUUUUCUAUAACAGAUGACCGAUGAUCACGUGAAACUUUCUAUGGAAAACGAAGUGUCGGAUGCCCCGGGUCGUACUAACACUACUAACGUGAGUCUUCCUUAAAGAGAACAACAUUUUUAACAAGAAAAAGAGGAUUGAAGUUUGUAUGAGGAAUCAGUAAACGCAGAUUAUAUAAAAGAUGCCCCCAGAUACAUAUUUCAGGAUUUUAAAUAGUAUAUCACCCCCAACCCUUUAAAUUAGGGGACGGAAAAUUGUCAUAACUUUUCAAGUUGCAUAUGUCGUUUUUGAGUUAUUGGAAUUUUGAUUUUAUUUCAAUUAAUCAAAUCUGAAAUAUCAAUGACGCAGGUAACAUUGAGGUAUACUAGAAUCGGCAUCUCCAACAAAAUGAUUCCACACCUCAUUGCGUUUAGUACGUCUCCGACUACUGGCGAGAUGCCACACAUGUAACGAAAAUUUAAAAAUAGUUAUUUGUACAACAAAAGAGCAAAGUUUGAUAUUUCUUCGAGUGCUUAUUUUGAGUCUCGUGCAAGCGAAAGAUUCUAUAAUAGAUUCACGAGCGUAGCGAAUCCAGCGCGAGCGAAUCUUAUUUAGAAUCUUGAGCGCAGUAAGGGACUCAAAAGCGCACGAGAUGUAAAUAACUUUGAUCUCGUGUAGUACAUAAAAAAUUUCACGACAGCAGUGUGAACAUAUUUGAAAGGUAAAAAUACAACCUGAAAAAAUGUAAUCCGUCUUCAUCACUAUUUCAAUCAUGUUUUCUUAAGGUAUUCUAAUAAUUAAGUUUAAGUACCGCAAUAAAACAAAACGAAAUUUCAGUAAAAUAAUACGGAAAUAACCAACAUCAGGGCCCAAUUUUAUAAUAGUAUUUUAUGCAACAGUUGUAUAAGAAGGGUCAAAAAAGGCGAGUGGCGUGAGUUACAAUGUGAGCCGGAGCCGAAGGCGUAGGCCAACAUUGUAAAGGAAUACGCCACGAGAAUUUUUUGACCUACUUAUACAACGUUGCAUACAAUAUUUUUCCUACGAGUCAACAAAAAUAAAUCUUAAUUUAGGUAAACAAAUUACAGCAAAAGUAUAUAGCCAAGACGCGCGAGCAUACCUUGUUACGCGCCCGGCCCGCCCCGGGCCGCGGCCGGCCGGGCCGGUUGGCGACACCUCCUCGUAACUCAUGAGGCCCUGGUACUUGCUAAAUUAAUUUUUUGGACAGUUUUUUCUCAAUUUUGGCCACCGUAGCCUACGGAGACUAACAAGCAACGCUAAGCGGUCUUCGUAGUCUAUGGGUGUUGCUAUAUUACGGGUGUCACAUGCGUGUUUCUGACUUACGAAGUAAUUAUUUUUACUAUGCAACCAAAUGAAUAUUUUGUAAGUUGGCAGCAAUGCACUUAGUUUAAAACUGUAUUCGUUUUGGUUUUGUUAGGUUGGUAGCCAUUAAUCGCAGUAACGUUAUAGCUUAUAAAAGCACAAGAGCUUUUAUGAGGAAUAGACAAUAUAGACUUUUCUUGAAAUCUUUUAUGUAUGUUCUUAUAUGUAUUAGUGUUAAUGAAUGCAUAAAUGACAGAUAACAGUAGAGGAGUAGGAAAAGUUACAAGUUACAAGUUUACAGGCGUUUACUGGCAACACUUGCUCCGUUUUUUAUAAUUUGCGUUUUAUAAAAGUACUGUGUUACAAUUUUACAGGUUACAGGUACAAGUGACUGUAGCUCAACCAUAGACGAAAAUAUGGCAGUUUAAUAGUUUUAAACUCAUAAUCGAACAAGCGUUUUAUAAAAAUAUUGUAAAUUACAAGUGUAGGUUGGUACACUUGUAACAGAAACUGACAUAGGUGACAUCAGGGUGACAUAGGUCUUGAGUCCGGAGCAAGUCCGGAGGGCCUUCCGCGAACCACGUCCGACGUGUUGCCUCCCUGUCACACUUACGUACGAAUUUACAAGUGCGACAGAGAGGCAACACAUCGAACGUGGUUCGCGGUAGGCCCUCUGGGCUAUAACCGCGAAAAUCGAAGUUCAUCAAUUGCGGGCAUUUUUCUCUGUCACUCUAAUUACGUCUUAGUGAGAGUAAAAGAGAAAGAUCCCCACAAUUUGCGAAUUUCGGUUUUCGCGGUAGGCCCCCUGUAACAGCACAACUAUGGAAGGUGGAGGUAAUCCACACUCCAUAAGCACAACAGCAGCGUACUCUGUGAUCCGUGCUCUCGCUCGAAUUUUUUACUAUUAAUUAAAAUGAUUUUUCUUCUGAGAGAUUCUUCCGAGUCUUAUACAUAUAUUAUAUACUUUUCCAUGCACUGACCUUAUCAGUUUUUGUUAAAGUAUCUGAAAUAUAUAGUAAAUAAAGUGACAAUAUGUUU